ACCCGCCCAUACCCGGAAGUUGUUGUUUUUUUUGUCACUAGUGUGGCAGUCCAGUAAGAUCUAUUCGAGAGGAGUUGUUUUAUUUAAUUUGUGAUCAUCUGUAAGAUGUUGCCGGAUGUAAAAGGCCUGUGUCCAUUUGUGGAAGACAGUUUUAGUCGCUUUCCCUCGCAGAGUAACAUAUACGGACUAUGCCAGGCAGGCGAGCAGGAGUUACUGGCAGCGACUCUGAAGGGGAAAGUAGUGUGUUUCAGAUACCAGGACCUGCAGAAGAAGAUCAGACCUGUGGCCAGAGAGAUUCAGUUCACAUAUAUACCAGUUGAUGCAGAAAUCGUCUCCAUUGACGCCUUCAACAAAUCUGCCCCUAAAAGAGGACUGGUCGUAGGAAUAACCUUCAUUAAGGACUCAGGAGAUAAAGCGACUCCUUUCCUUAAUAUUUACUGUGAUUAUGAACCAGGGUCAGAGUUUAACUUGGAGUCUAUUGCACAAAGCUGUCUGAACCUGGAGCUCCAGUUCACUCCCUUCCAGCUCUAUCAUACAGAGGUGCAUUGUGUAGAUGGAUCCAGUGAGACUGUCUUUCUCCUCAGUGGGAAUGAUCAGCACAUACAUCUUUACAAAGAGAAUGCCUCUUUGCACCAGUUUGAGGAACAGCCAGUGGAAAGACUCUUUCCUGAACUGCAGGAGCUGCCAAGCAAUGUAUUAUGGUUAGAUGUCUUAAGUAUUGAUCAAAACCUGCGUCUCACUGCAUUUGGAUGUCAGAAUGGUUCUGUGGGACUUUCUCUUGUCAACCAAAAGGGACCUGAGAUUCUGCAGAACUGGCGUAUUCAACAUGACAGUCCCAUUUCCACUGUGUUGCUGUUCCAUUUGAAAGAGCAGCACCAGAACACAGAGAUGAACAGUAGUCAAAAGGAAACAUUUAAUCUGUUGGUAACCAGUGCGAUAGAGAUGGCGGUUGUUUACAGGGAUGUAGAGCAGUGUGGACUGAGCAGACAGCUGUGUUUGGCAGAAAGCGACCAGUGUGAUGCGGUUCUCUGUGCUCUCGUCGUUGAUCUGGACUUUGAUGGACAGCAUGAGUUGCUACUGGGAACGUAUGGACAGGACCUGCUCUGCUACAAAUUUCCCCAAACAACAGGAGCUUUUGAGGAGAAGUUACAGCUGCUGUGGAGACGGAGUUUUAAAAGCCCUCUACUGUCACUGAUUUAUCUUGACCUGGCUGGAGACGGACUAAGAGAGUUAGCUGUUCUCACCUUAAAAGGCCUACAUAUACUUCAGCACAGUCUGAAAACAACAGCAGAUCUUGUUCUUCACCGUUUGUCCACUUUAGUAUCAAGACUGCCUGGUUCUUCAAAAGAACAGCCGAUCAAAAACCAAGAUACUGAAGAGCAGUCCAUUUCAAUCAGCAAUGAACAGAGAGAUGCAGCCACUCAUCACUGACUUUUAUGUAAAAUAUAUUUAUUUUUAUUUCAAGUGGUUAAGGAAGAGCUAAAUGUUUGUGAAUGAAGCCAUGUCAUAUAGCAGGCAGGUCUUCAACACUAAAAUGAAAAUUACUUUUUUGCUGCUGGUACCAGUUGCCAGACUUAUUUAAUCUUCCUUCCUAGUGGCCACAAGUAGUUAUUGAUGAAUUUCGGAUGGGACAUGGUGUGUCUUUUUUUUUUUUUAAAUUUACAUCAUAACCUGGCAAAACCAUUAUUUCAUACAUUGCUGUUGCUAGUCAGCAGCAGGUUGUAUUAGACUCAAGGUACAUUCACAUUUUAUCUGUCUUAGUUUCAAUCAAUUUUUGAAAAGUUGUCAAUAUUUUUGGUCCAUUUUUAAUCUGCUAAAAGAAUUUCUAAACCCAGGCUUUGGUUUAAUUUCAACGUUCUUCAGGCAAGAUUGGUGUUUUUCCAUAUCCCCAGUAGAGGGCACUCUUAGUCGGUUAACGACAACAACACUGUGCCAUAGAUCUGUGGUCUUUAUAUAUAUAUAUAUAUAUAUAUAAAUGUUGCGUAGAAACCCUUAACCCCCACAUUUCAAAAAAAAAGUUUUGUGCACACUAUUUCCUAAUUUAAGAUUUUUGUUUUGCAUUGCCAUCUCUGCCGAUUUCAUAAUUAUGGAAAUUAUGUCAUAAAUGUUGAUGGUUUUGAAAACAUAUUUUUUUGACAAUAAAUGACAUUUUUUUGAAAGGGUACGUCUAUUUUGUCUCGGCGGAGCUGAGAUGAGAACAAUCGGAACACUGCUUACCAGGCGC